UAUGUACGGAGUACGGAAUCAUAAUAUAAAAUCAUAAAGGAUUUUAGACUUCAUUAAUAAAACGAGUGAGGUAUAAAUGAAUUGUACAGACAUAUUGUUUUAAAUUUGUUUUAUGCCAUAGGUUUUAUGAAAGAUAAAACAAUGCAGUAUACUUCAGAUGAAGCUUACGCUCGGCUUAUAAGUCACAACAUGACGGUACCACAAAGAAUAAAGGCUACAGGAGAUGUUAUGGAUGAGGAAAAUACACCAAAUGGAAUAAUAUCAGGAUGGGACUAUGCAAAUGAGAAAUUUGACAUGAAAGUGCCAGAAAGAAUUCUUGUUGUUGGCCAGGAUCAGCAUAUUGGCACAAAGGCUCCUCCAAGGGAAAUUCAAUUAGAUAAUGCUGUGCUACCCACUGAUCCUGGAAUGAUUCGUGUUAGCACACCACCAAGAGUAAUUACACUUGACCAGCACUACUUCCCUUCUGCAGAUGACUUUCCUCCUGGAACUGCUAAUUCACCCCCACAGCACAUAAGAUCCACUCGUUCACAGGGAGAAGUAGUUCGCCCAAUGUUAGCAAAUCCUGACAAUCUUAAUGAGUCUACCAUGACAGAGUCCCGUUUGGUUCUAAGAGAUCCAACCCCGCCAAUAGGAAAUGGAGAGGGGCUAUCAGCAUCUGAAGAAUUGGUUCAUCUUCGCCGGCAAAUAGCCAAAUUAAACCGACGAGUAAUGACAAUAGAAGCAGAAACACUUCAAAGGCAACAAAAGGAGAAAAUUGCUUAUGCAAUAAGCAUUGCUUAUUUGUUAUUUAAAGUGAUCGCCUGGCUCAAUAGAUCUUAAUCUAUAAUCUUGAGCAUAAAAUUAAGAUGAAGUUUUAUAGUACUGUUGACUUCAUAAAAUUUGUCAUGCAAUCACUGAAUGGCAAAUCUUAUACAGCCCUGAUCCACUGUAGUUAAAUUUAUAAACAAGGAAGUGUUACUCAUCUUAUGCAAUUUGAUUCCUUUAGUAAAUAGGUGCAUUUUUAUACUUCUGUGAUUGUAUGCUGCUGCAGUUUAUUAUAUUAUAGUAAAUGUGGUUACAUUGUUGGUAUUUUAGUUAUAUUUAAUGUAAAAAAUGAACUGUUAAGUUUCUUUUCAUAGGCAUUGUUCAUUUCCUUAGGUCAUUAUACUUUAUAACCAUUAAUAAAGCUAAAUCACAUUAG